AUGUUCGGCCGACCACCGGCACGCCUGUGUAAGUUCGCCAUGAUGACCGGGGACGGUCACAGCUCGGUGUUAGUUUCACUUAUACCAGUGACAUCUGCUCAAGGGAGUACUAAAGCUGUGGUGUAUAUAAACACUGAUACACAUCUGUACAGUGGAGAGACAGUACAUUUCAGAUGUGACAUACAGGGAGAAGAAGACGCUAAUUGGAAAUACAAGUGGUAUAAGAAUAAUAAGAUUUUACGGGAACAGAAAAAACAGUUUAAUAUUGGACCUGUUGAAGUCUCCAGCAGUGGUAACUACACGUGCAGAGGACAGAGACGUGGCUCUCAAAGCUCAGUGAUCAGUGAUCCUGUUACACUGACUGUAUCAGAGAGAACAUGGACAGUACUGAGUGUAUCUCCACAGAGCUGGCUGACUGAAGGAGACUCAGUGACUCUAAACUGUGAGGUUACAGACUCCUAUACAAACUGGACAUUCAGAUGGUACAGAGAGAUUCCUGACAGCUAUUUUGUUUACCGUAUAUUCAAACUCUCAGACAGCAGCAGAGGAUCUGGAGGCUCCUACACUCUCAGUCCUGCUGCUCGUAAUCACACAGGAGUUUAUAUGUGCAGAGGAUGGAGAGAAGAACAACCCUUACAUACAGAGCGCAGCAAUCAACAACCACUUUGGAUCAUUGGUGAAUCUCCUCCAGUCUCUCUGAUCAUCAAUCCCAACAGAACUCAUCACUCUAUUAAUGACUCUCUCUCUCUGAGCUGUGAGAACGAGAGUCACCUUAGUAGAUGGACAGUGAGACGAUACACAGAGAGUGAGGGGGUGUCAACCUGUUUAAUGUGGGGAUCCGUAACAAGAUCUACAUCUACAUGUAAAAUCAGCUCUCUCAACACAUCCUACACUGGAGUUUACUGGUGUGAGUCUAAAUCUGGAGAAAACAGUAAUCCUGUCAACAUCACAGUGUAUGUGUCCCAGUGCGCCUAG